AUGCCCAGUCCUCAAUCAGGCUCUGCUGCUAGCUUGCUGCCGAACAAUUCGCAAACUCCUGCACCAUACAACGUUAGCAGUAAUGCCUCUGCGACGAACCUCGGCCAGCCAGGUCCUGCACUAUCGCUACAUUCUACAAACUCCCAAAGGAUGGGCUCUGUACACCUGACGGUUCCACCCGGAUCUCGCUCUCAGACUCCAGCGAAUCAGGCACCAUGGAAAGUUGUGCCGGUUCUUGCGUCCGAUGUUAUGAACAAGCGAUACGACCGUGUCCACCACGCCAAGAAAUCUCGGAAGGAGUUUGAGAUCGAAGCGGGUCACAGAAGUUUCAAAGAUGACAGUAAGGAAGGUUGGACAAACUGCGUGCACCCGGAAGGUGCUCUUUACUUCGUUCGGAUAGAAGACAGCUGCCGCAGAGUACGCAGUAUAUUCACGAACGCGGACGUUCGUAGUGCCAAGACUAAAGUCGACGUUUGCAGCGAGUUGGAGAAGGCAAUCAAACUUAUAUUCGAGCGAGCAAACACGAAUAAUGUGCAGGUCGACGCAGCUUUUGAGUUGGUACUGGACCUUGACUCGAAGAAACAGACUGUGGGUUACUACUUUGCGGUUCAACAUGAUCGCUGCUUGGUUUGGGUGGAACCCUUCAAAGACGCGGAAUUCCAGAUUGCGGAACACAUUAGAGGUGUUGAGAAAAAAGGCCACAUCAGUACGCAUAUCUGGCUACUUUCUAAUGACUUAUCUAAUGCGCAGCAAAAGAGCACGCAAUGGAAGCCCAAUAUUGGUAAGGGCCCUAUUCGAUGUAGAAGUAUGCAAUUGACAAAUGCCUUGAAUAGGGCACAUUGUGAAGCCUACCCUCACGAUCGAACACUCACGACGGAGAUGCUUGACGAGCUGACGGAUAUGGUCCUACACUCUAUCGCGGAACGCGUGACGAGUGAUACAUCGUUAGCACCAUAUGAUUCGGACGAACUAGCUAAGAUUCAGGGCAUACUGGACUCAAUGAAAGAUCGCGUUGACAAGAAAAGUCCCCAUGCAGUGUGCACAGUGGCCCGAUUCAUGCGCAUGUUUGCGCGCUCCAGGUUCUAUAAUUUCUGCGGGCAGCCUGAAGCCCGUCUCGAUGCCGACGCGUCCGUCUACCGUCCGCCGAAGCGAUCAAAGGACAAUGCACAUCCGCCGCGCUCAGCGCUUUUUUACCUGACCACGGUCUCAAUGUUUGGCAUGCCGCCGUCGCAGCUGAACCGGCUUGAGGCCGUGUGGGUAGACCGCUCGAUAAACACAGCGAGAUGGAAAGAGUACUUGCAGAACUCGUACGAUGAGUUCACCGGAUUCGCUCUCUAUUCUACCGUGAUGUUGGCUGUUGACGUGUCCUACCUGGCAGUGCCGGGGGUGGAAGGGCCGGGCCCGGGGAGCGAGAACGCGGCGACAGUGUUCACAUAUGUAUCGAUUAUUGCAGUCGUCGGCUCCAUGACCUUGUCUCUCCUGUUAUCCGCGGAUGCGCGUCGUCGGAAGGUGCAAUCGGCUGAAACAGCGGCAGUACUUCUGUCGACUGUCAGCGACUCACUAUUUGGAAUUGAAAGCCUCGCCAUCAUGUACAGUCUACCAUUCGCACUGCUUAUGUGGGGUAUGGUGGGCUUCCUCGGCGGCCUCUGCGCACGCAUUUUCCCAGGAGCUGAGCUGUACACGAUAAUCGUAAGCGCCGUCGCGCUCGGAGUGCUCGGACUGGCGGUGUGGAUACCCUUGUACACCUGGUGGCGCGUUGAGAACGGGACUCCCAAAGUGUUCCAGUUGAUAGGCGACGCCUUUUCAGCGCUCCUCUUGGUUCUUAAAUAUUGGCGUUUUCGGCGGAAGCCAAGAGGCAACGGGAGAGGGAGGGGUCAGGCGGAUCCCGAACAGGGUAGGGCAGUUGCAAGACAAGGGCAAGGCUCCGGCCAAUGUCAGCCAGCGCAAGGAGGAAGCCACGAGCUGGGAUUGCAACAAUCGCAAACUCAACCACAGGCAUCAGGAUCGCAGGGCCAGUCAGGCUCGGCAGCGACGGUAUCGACGCCUGUGACGCAGCCGCAAACGCAAGUUACGGCGCAAGGUGCACCUUGAAUUAUAUCUGAACGUUUUGUAGCGAUAUCUAUCUUGGUUACGUAGCUAUAGGGGAUACGCUGUCUUGAUGAUAUCGGUCUUGCUUUAUCUGCGUUUUGUAUACCUUACAAUGUGAUACCUUUAAGAUCUCUUAUCUUUUAUUGUGAUACGUCGAGAGUGUUGCUACAGCCUACAACAUGCCAUUAUCGUCUUCCACGACACAAAUCUUACUGUAACUCUACGUUAGGCAGCUAGGCUGGGUCAUACUCGUGCUGAUGUUAUCGGGAUUUCGG